GAAGCAUGAUCUCAUCUCGUGGUGCAAACCGUUCGAUAUCUCCAAUGAUCAAGGCGACUCGUCCUUCUGCGGCGCUGCGGCGCAGCCAUGCCUAUGAGUACGUCUUUGGUCUUGGUUCGCCCGAUCCUUCCGGCUCAAGGUCGCCUUGGCAAUUGGCGCGAAUGACAUAAGGGCAGCUGCAGCCCUCGGUCAUGACAGCUUUACCAUCUUCUCUCCCAGGCAAUCACAUUUAGCGAGCAUGAGUUACGGCUACCCACAGCAAGGCUACGGCCAACAGUAUCCUCCCCAAGGACAACCUCCAUACCAACAGCAGCAAGGAUAUGGUGCUCCUCCCGGUCCUCCCCAAGGCCACUCACCUUACCCUCCGCAGCAGGGUGGCUACGGUGCUCCCCCGGGCCCUCCCAUGGGCCAUCAUCCAACGCAAUCCUUCGGUGCUCCUCCCGGCCCUCCACCAGGACAGUAUGGCGCUCCUCCCGGUCCCCCACCAGGACAGUUCGGUGCCCCACAAGGUCCUCCCCCUGGUCAGUACGGCCAGCCUCAGUACGGUGCGCCGGCACAGUACGGUUCAGGUCCUCCAGCUCCUCCCUCAAUGGGUUACGUCCCUGGUCAAGUCGCGCCGAUGGACAUGUCUAGACAAGCCGAUGACUUGCGCAAAGCGAUGAAGGGAUUUGGAACCGACGAGAAGGCCCUGAUCGCUGUCCUUGCUCCUCUGGAUCCUCUGCAGGCUGCCGGCGUUCGCCAAGCCUUCAAUCAACGCCAUCGUCGCGAUUUGCUCAAGGACAUCGAGUCUGAGACCUCAGGCUACUUCCGCGAUGGCCUUAUGGCUUUGGCUCGUGGCCCACUCGAACAAGACGUUCUGAACGCAAACAAGGCUAUCAAAGGUUUCGGCACCAAGGAGGCUAUUCUCAACGACGUGCUUCUGGGACGCAGUAAUGCCGAUAUGAAUGCUAUCAAAGCACACUACCACCACGUCUACCACAAAUCGCUCGAGUCCGACGUCAAGGGUGACUUGUCUAUGAAGACUGAGCGACUCUUCGACAUGGUCAUAGCAGCACGCCGCAACGAGGAGUCGUCACCUGUCAUUCCCCAGCAGAUCGAGGCCGACGUCACCGAACUUUACCGCGCUACCGAGGGCAGCAAGAUUGGAGCCGAUCAAGUUGCAGUCUGCGCUAUCUUGACUUCGCGCAGCGAUGGUCAGCUCCGUGCCAUCUCUCAGGCCUACCGACAGAAGUAUCACCGUGAGCUUGCCGAAGUUCUGAGAAAGAACUUUAGCGGCCACAUGGAGGAUGCUCUGCUGUUCAUUCUUCUCAAUGCCGAGGACCGCGCCAAGCACGAUGCUCAGCUGCUCGAGGCCGCCAUGGCAGGCAUGGGCACUAAGGACGACCUUCUUGUGAACAGGAUCGUCAGAAUCCACUGGGACAAACACCGCAUGUCGCAAGCUCGGGGCGCCUACAGACACUUCUUCCAGCGAGACUUGGCUGAACGUAUCCGUGGAGAGACAAGAGGCGACUACGAGAAGUUAAUGGUAGCGAUUGUUUCGAGCGCCUAAUUGCCCUACACAACUGACACUUACAGUUGCUCUUUGAUUCUUGAUGAUUAUUACGGUGAUAUAGCAAUAGGGUUAGCGGCGUUUCAUGACUAACGAAAUGGCGGUGCAAACCCUCGACGACCCCUUUUCGCGACUUUUAGUCUUAUGUUAUAAUCAACACACAUGCUCCUACA